AUGGCUUCGUCAUCAUCCCCUUCUACCCCCCUCCUAUACGCCUGCAUCGCCCACCAUACCACCAUCCUCUCCGAAUGCACAACCUCAGCGUCAUCAAAGACCUCCUCCCUCGCAUCUCUCAUCCUGCCCAAGAUCGAGCACACGAGCGCGCAGAAGCUCACCUAUACCCACGGCCAGCACCAGAUCCACUACGUCGCCGAGUCCUUUGCCGAUCAUGCCGACCAGAACGGCGCCGGCGGCCUGACCUUCCUCGUCAUCGCCGACUCGUCCCUCGGCCGUCGCGUCCCCUUUGGCUUCCUCUUCGAAGUCCGCAAGCGCUUCUUCGCCCAGUUUCCCGUCGGCUCAUACUUUGCCGACAUGCCAAACUACGGGGCGGCCUCCUUCAACGGCGAGCUGAAGAACCUGAUGGUCGACUACGGCACCACGGCCAGCGGGCAGGAGGAUGCGAUCGGGAACGCGAAGCGCGAGAUUGACGACGUCAGGGGCAUCAUGACCAAGAACAUCGAGAGUCUGCUGGAGAGGGGAGAGCGCCUGGAUCUCCUGGUGGACAAGACGGACAGGCUUGGUGGGAGCGCGCGGGACUUCCGCGUACGGAGCCGGGGGCUCAAGCGCCAGAUGUGGUGGAAGAACGUCAAGCUCAUGGCUCUCCUUGCCCUUGUUGUCAUUCUCAUCAUUUUAGGAUUGGUUGUUGCUCUCAAGAACUAA